AUGGUCCUCCUCAGCCUUCUGGUCCUGAUCCUCGUCCUUCUUUUGCUUGUCUAUAUCAUCUAUAAACCUCCCACUUGGCUUGUCACUUUCAUGUCAUGGAAAAACCCAGAUGUCCUAUUCCAUGUCCCCUUACCACCCUCGAAUCACGUGGUAGCCCUCACAAUCGACGAUGCUCCAUCCUCUGAAACGGGAAAGAUCCUCGAUAUCCUCAAGACAUACAAUGCCAAAGCCACCUUCUUCAUCAUCGGAAGUCAAGUAGGCCCCUAUCCCGAAAUCCUCGAACGAAUCCACAACGAAGGUCACGAGAUGGGCAACCACGCCUGGAAAGACGAACCAAGCAUCAACCUACCGACUUCCGAACUCCAGCAACAACUCCUGGACGUCGAGAAAAUGCUUAUUCCCAACUCCAACGGCUUAAAGUAUUUCCGACCAGGCUCAGGGUAUUUCAACAAGAAGAUGACGGACAUGGUGAAAGGAAUGGGAUACAAGACUGUGUUGGGUGAUAUAUUUCCGUUUGAUCCUGUGGUGCCGAAUGCGAGGAUUAAUGCGAAGCAUGUGUUGAGUAUGUUGAAGAGUGGUGGUGUUAUUAUUUUGCAUGACAGGAGGAGUUAUUCGCCUGAGCAGUUGGAGAUUGCGUUGAAGGGAAUGCAAGCCAGGGGUUGGAGAGCGGAGUCUUUGGGUGGGUUGUUGAAGAUUGCUGAGGAUGCGAAGAUGGAGAAGAAGGCCAAGUGA